AUGAAGAUCAUGAACAAGUGGGACCUUCUGAAGAGAUCAGAUGUGAGAGACGGGGUACAGAAAGAGGUGUACAUAGGCAAAAAUAAUAUGUAGACCAGGAUUGACCACAAAGAAAAAAGGUGUUCGGACAGGAUAAAAAAAAAAUAUCCAAACAGACAGAACCGAACCAUAAAGAUGUUGACCCCGUGAUAGUCUGAUGGACAAUUGAAUGAAAUGUACUUACGGCAGGGUAGGGGCUUGAAAAGAAGUGCACAAAGAUUGAAUAGGGGCACGGAUAUGGAUGCAGCGGUGAUGGUCAGAUGGAGACGAUGUAUAGAUAUACAGAGGUCACAGGCAGAGAUGGAGAUAUAGCUAAUAAUUAAUAGCUAACAACUAAAAACUUAUAGCUAAUAACAGAUCUAUUCAGGUUGACAUAAUUUGUCUGAAUGAAGAUCUAAUACAGAAUAAAUUAAACACUAUUGCUUUUGAAGAAGUUAAAGAACAACUUUCACCUCAAAACUAUGGGGGCGUGUUUUAGGAAGAGUUAUAGACUUUCUGGGGUACAUAGUAAAUGGUGUAGUGUUGGAUAUAAUGUCUGUAGUGAGAAGUGAGAUGGGGAUAAGAGAGGGGAACUGAUGUAUGGGGCGGGAAAUGAAGUGAUGAAAAUCAAAUGUAUGCACUAUAUCUGUCUUUUUCUGUUUUUGUGUACAGGUUGCCUGCUAUAGACAGGAGAGAGAUGUUCUAGUAAAUGGAGACAGACGAUGGAUAACCCAAUUGCACUAUGCUUUUCAAGAUGAUAAUUAUCUUGUAAGUCUGUUUAUAAUUCAGCAGGAGGCUUUUGUAAAACAGAUUGGAGCAGAUGGUAGAGAUGGGGGGACUGGGCACGUUGCUUUCAGUUGGAGACCUGGAUAGGGUAAGCAAGUAUUCGACUCGUAGGAUAAUCAAAACAGCAAGAUGGAUCCACCAGACCGAGACCGCAAAGAUUUAGGAAAACACUGGAUUGGGUCACAAUGCUAUAAAAACAUAGGUUGCAGCAAUCUGCUCUACUGCCUUUAAAGAAUGAUAGUUGUUAAGAACUCUGGUAUCUCGAAUACCAGUUCUUCCAGACACUCCCGAAUCGGCUAUGGACUUUGUGAUUAUAGCCCUGUUUGCCUGGAGCGCUGAGUUGACCGUUACCGAAAUCUUAGCGAGCAGAGAGGAGGAAUAUCGCAAUACAGCAAUCGCAUACCCAAACAUCAGUCGAAACUAGAUGAAGGGUACAACAGGAAUGUCUUUAUUCAGGCCAGAUGGCUGGCUUUUAUGCAGGUCAAGGUUACAUGACACACGCCCAUGGAAACUCCCACAACACGCUCACAUAAAAUCUGAGUCACCAUGAUUCGGCAAAAAUACUGUAAACAUGAAAAUAGGCAAUAAUACAGCAUAAAUAUGUCUGGACUCCCACACAUGUUAUAUGACCGGGUAGCUGGGUUUUAGAGAACCCAAUCUGGCAAAAUAGCACUCUGAUCCCAUGUACCCAGCGGAAACGCCACUGAGUUAAAGGUUCGACCAACCGCGCACGAGCCGGAUGCCCACAAUAGUUCCAUAAGUUUGAUGGUCGCAGUCAGUCAGUCCGAAAGUCACCAGAUUGACCAAAAAAGGUGAACUUGCUUUAAGUCUCGGUAGUAGCGUUGGUCCACUUGGGUACUAGGAGCAGCCACACCAAAUAGCGGUCUCUGGGCGAACUGGGAAAAGGGAGAAGAUGCACGCAGAAGAGUCCCUGGGGAAUCGUGCGGCCAAGUGUCCGGCCUAGAGUACCAGACACUCACCGACCAUGUCCGUGUUCUGGGGGCAAGAUGGCCGCAUUUUCUCUAACACGUGGCGAGCCAGUAUCCGAAUGGCGGCCAUAUAGCAGGGCCCUUGUGGAACUCGGUUCCCCGUUAAAAAUAAAUAAGCCAGGAAAGGGAAAAGGGGUUCGGUACUAAGGUCCCCUGAAUGCAAUUCAUAAAUGAACACCCCAAAUAUGCAGUUUCGUCACAAUAGUUAAUUUAAUAGGUGUCCCAUCCAUGGAGCUAAUGUCAUUGAGAACCUACAGUCUACAGAACCUACAGUAGGGUAAAACAGGCAAAAAAAGCCAUAGUCUAUUGUUUUUCAAUAGGUUAAUACAGUGGUACUGAUAUUUAUAAUGACUUGUUACACCCUCUCAUUCUCUGUCUCUCCUCAGUACCUCCUGAUGGAUUACUACAUUGGAGGUGACCUUCUUUCCCUGCUCAGUAAAUUCCCAGAUGGGCUUCCUCCCCACAUAGCAAUCUUCUACAUAGCGGAGAUGAUCAUGGCUGUCAAUUCUGUUCAUUCUCUGGGUUAUAUACACAGGUGAGAAGGUCUUUAACUGGUGGAGGAGUUAUUAUUCAGAGAUUAUUGGUGUUAAGUAUGCUGUUUCUCUAGUUAUUCUGCUAUGUUGCAUAUCCAUUUUCUCUUCUUUUCCCUCUGCCAUCAGAGAUAUAAAACCAGAUAACAUGCUACUAAAUAUUUCUGGUCACAUUCUUCUGGGGGAUUUUGGUUCCUGUCUGAAGCUGCGAGAGGAUGGCACGGUAUGUUCUAUCCACAUAUGUCUCUACCCCACUUUUUCUUCUCCAGACUCGUUUUUUGACUUCUCCCUGUCCUAAAGGUCUCUUGCUCAGUUGCUGUGGGGACCCCAGACUACCUUUCCCCAGAGAUUCUUCUUGCUGUUGAAGACCAUACGUUAUCCUAUGGUGUUGAAUGUGACUGGUGGUCGCUUGGGGCUUGCACCUUCGAGAUGUUCUUUGGUCACCCACCUUUCUAUGCAGAUUCUGUUGUGGAAACAUAUGGCAAGAUUAUUCACUAUAAAGUAAGGGUGAUACAUACAACAGGUACCUGAUAGUCUGAAGAAAUCUGUUGAUCACAGAUAAAACUCAAACAUAUUUUCCAUCAGUGAUAUAGAAAAGGGUGGAGAUCCAUUCACUCUCUCUUUUUAGGAGCACUUUACAUUCCCCCCAUCGGCCACUGAGGUACCACAAGAAGCUUUAAAUUUCAUCUCAUCCCUCAUCUGUGAGCGUGACACACGUCUGGGCAGGGGAGGACUUCAAGAAUUUCAAAAUCACCCUCUCUUUGCUGGGCUUGACUGGGAGGGACUUCGAGACAGUUCACCGCCCUAUAUCCCUGAAUCAGAUGGUGCCACAGAUACUUCGAAUUUCGAUGUGGUGGAAGACCACCUGACAGAGAUGAUUAGUGGUGGAGGAGUAAGUACCCUAAUGUCCACUUCUGUUUGCCAUUUCACCAAGGAUACCCAUUCUCCAAAGAUUGUGAUUGAAAUUAUAGCUUAUUACAUUCUGAAACUGUCUUGGUUUUCUGAUUACAGGAGACCCUCUCUGAUGUUGAAGAUACUUCACCUCUUGGAGUCAACCUUCCUUUUGUUGGUUACUCUUACACCUACAGGUCAGUGGAGCUCAUAUCUAUUAAGUUAUUCAAAGUGUUUUGACAUUGGUUGGAAAAAAAAUCUUUGUGGCAGAUACAUUACAUGCACCAGUUCUAUUCCGUGCAUGAGUUAUAGUACAAGGAUCUCAAUCUCUCCCAUCAUUGUAUUCAUUACUUUAUUUCCACUCCCUAUGUGACUGUAAAGGGUCUAUUACAAUGUGUACAUUCUUGAGUAGAACCAAUAACUAUUGGCUUGAAGAGUAGUUUCAUUCAUGGUUUUGGUUUUUUUACAUUUUGUAUCAAUGAAAGUACUGUAUCCCAUGUUAUGACAUAGGAACACAAAUAUCGGCAUUUCCUAAACAAUUUCAGACUAUCUAGGUUCUAACCAGCUUGGAGAAGUUCGCUAUAAAAUCUACUGUCGGUGGCGAAAAAGUUUUAGUUUUGGGGGUCCAGAUUUUUCAGGAAAUCUAAAGUCUCAUUAAUUGCUGCCAUGUAUAGUGCAUCUUUAGCACAUAUCACAUUUCUGAUUUAGCUUUAAUUUAAAGUUUCUAACUUUUAGCUAAGCACAUACUUAUCAGCGCAGCACAGAUUCUAGAUAGUCUGUAAAUUUAGUCACUCAUUGUCUUGAUUACGGAGUUCUAUCCAGGGAUCAAGGUCUAGAUGUACAUGGAUACAUCUCCCUUGCUUCUGAGAUAUAUCCUCCCAAAGAGGUUUAAUUAAUGGGAAUUCCCACCAUGAAUGUAAACAGGUACCUCCUCCUUGUACCUUCUCAAGCAAAUUGGCAGCAUUCCUGGUUAAUCAGAGACAUUCUGUGAUGUUGGAGUUACCAUUUGUCUAUUACAUUGUAGAAAUUCUCCUUGAAAAAGAGAGAGGCACUGCCCUACAAAGAUGUUACUGAUAUAUUAAAACAUAGCUUUUAAUAGAAAGUCUGUAAAAAAUUACAACAAAAAUAUAUGUGAAAAAAAUAUAUAUGUGAAAAAAGAAAAAAGAAAACUUAGAUAAAUAUUGAUUAUAUAAACCUCAAAUUCCCACAGAAAGAUUUUCUCUGUAGGAAAAAAUGACUAAAAUAAAAAUGGACAGACAAGUGAUUGUACUUGAUAACACAAUAAAUCCAGAUUAGUAUGGAAUGUAUGUAACUGUGUAGCCAUAAUUGGACAUUUAACAGAAAAUACCAGCUGGAUACAAAUUAAUGUUACAAAGUUUUGUAAUAUGUCAAUUAGUGUAUCUCAAUCAUUGUAGAAUCUAAACCAGUCUGUCUAGUGAAAACGGACAUAUAUCUUGAUUGAUUGGCUGAGCCUAAAUAAUAGUCUAUCUACGAUCGAUUGGCUAAGUCUAAACCUUAGUCCGUCUACUAUAUGUAUUUAUUCAGGAGAUAUAAAAUCUAUAAAGAAUCCUUGUCAAUCCAACUAAUUCGCUACCACAUGCUAAAGUUUGUUCAAAAGGUAUAAGGAAAAAAUGGGGGGAGGUCUGUGAAAAAAAUCCUUAUCAGUCUGACUACUUGACUGCCGUAUAUUUUUGUCCGAUACAAUAAUAGAGGAUACAGAAAAUACGAUAAUUAAAUGUGGUUAUAUUAUUAAAUCAAAAGAGUCUCACUGUGCCUUCAAGGGCACCUGCCUCUAAACGGAAAAUUAUACUGGCAGUCUAACUGCAAGCAGCCAGCUAACAAAUGCCCUAAUAGAUAUCGAUAAGAGCUGGAAAAGAAUAUAUAUAUAUAUAAAUCUUACGCCCGAUGUAUAUUGUGCCUUCAAGGGCACCUAUUGCUAAAUAGAUUAAGAGUCUGCGCUGGCUGGUUGCAAUGCACAGGUCAAAACUGAAUAUAAACCUAAACACCUUAAUACACGUGAUAGAAAGAAGCGGCUAAGCUUCAACACCCGCAUAGACGAGAAGAAGCAGCAUAAACUCAACCUAAUAAUCUGGAGAUCGAAUCGAUUCUAAAGCUAUCAGUAAAUCCCACCAAAAGUUAUAAAGAGCUAAGGCUGAGAUGACAGGAAUCUCCAAAAACCCGACGCGCGUUUCGCCGGUAAGACGGCUUUUCAAGGGGAACUGACAGGCUGUCGGCUGGGGUUUAAAUAGCGCGCUCUGUUAACUGAUUGGUAAUUAGAAGAAUGACGUCAUGCCAUGGUAGCUGACUAUGUAUGGUGGUCAGCUGGGGACAAAAAGACUCUUUAAUGUAAUCAGAGAGUCUCUAUUGUGAUAUGCCAAAACGAAUAUAAAUUCAGUGUAUUAACUUCUAAUAAACAUUUAUGACAAACUAUAUAAAGAGAUGUAGAUAAAGGAGCGCUUGAUUAAUAUAAUGUAAAUUCUUCUUUUAAUAAUAAAAAUAAAAUCUUAGAUAAUUAGAAUUAUUUUAUUUAUUUAUUAAGAGGAUGUCCAUGUAGUGUUAGCAUAAGGAAAGAAUUUCCCUUAUAUAAUGCUGACUCAAAUGACUGAAGAGAAAUGAACCUAUCCAAAUAGGUAUGGUUUAUGAAAGGUGUUAUCAUAAGGAGAAAUAGAUUAACCUUAUGAAAUACUGACUCAAAAGAAUGAAAAGAAUAUAAAACUAUCAAAAUAGGUGUAGUCUAUCAGUGUAUAAAAGGUGUAUAAUUGAACUCCUCGUUAAGCCCUUGUGGAGUUAAAGUUCUAAAUGAAUAUAUCCAUUUUGAUUCUUUUUGCAGUAGUUGUUGAUUGAAAUUGCCCUUUCUGGGAUUGGGCAAUAAUUUCUCUAUUGCUUGAAACCUAAGGUUGUCGGUAUUUCCCUGAUGGAAAUUCAUAAUAUGCCUUGCCACAGGUGUAGGAUUUAUGGUGUUUUUUACAGAGUUGAUAUGUUGAAGAAUUCUGCGGCGAAAUGGUUGGUAGGUCUUUCCAGUGUACUGGAUUCCACAUUUACACGUAAUCAAAUAUAUCACGCGAGUGGUAUUACAAUUUACCAGAGCAUUGGUUUUAAUGGUAAUGUGAGAUUGUGUAGAUGUGGUGAAUUGAGAAGGAGUAAUGAACUGACAGGCCUUACAGUGGCCACAUCUGUAUGUUCCUUUCGUACUAGUAAGCCAGUUUGAUUUUGGUGAAAUGGGAGUUAGAAAACUGUGAACUAAAAGGUCUUUGAGGUUUUUUGAUCUCCGAGCCGUAAUUGUGGAAUGGUUUGGCAGUGACUUCUUCAAUAUAGGAUUAUGUAGAACUUUAGCAUGUGGUAGCGAAUUAGUUGGAUUGACAAGGAUUCUUUAUAGAUUUUAUAUCUCCUGAAUAAAUACAUAUAGUAGACGGACUAAGGUUUAGACUUAGCCAAUCGAUCGUAGAUAGACUAUUAUUUAGGCUCAGCCAAUCAAUCAAGAUAUAUGUCCGUUUUCACUAGACAGACUGGUUUAGAUUCUACAAUGAUUGAGAUACACUAAUUGACAUAUUACAAAACUUUGUAACAUUAAUUUGUAUCCAGCUGGUAUUUUCUGUUAAAUGUCCAAUUAUGGCUACACAGUUACAUACAUUCCAUACUAAUCUGGAUUUAUUGUGUUAUCAAGUACAAUCACUUGUCUGUCCAUUUUUAUUUUAGUCAUUUUUUCCUACAGAGAAAAUCUUUCUGUGGGAAUUUGAGGUUUAUAUAAUCAAUAUUUAUCUAAGUUUUCUUUUUUCUUUUUUCACAUAUAUAUUUUUUUCACAUAUAUUUUUGUUGUAAUUUUUUACAGACUUUCUAUUAAAAGCUAUGUUUUAAUAUAUCAGUAACAUCUUUGUAGGGCAGUGCCUCUCUCUUUUUCAUUGUAUUUAAUCUAUUUAGGGUUAACCCCUUUACUGCCUUAUUUAUCCACGCUUCCAUCUUUCGUUCUUUAAAUAAUUAAUAAUUGGGUUUUAGUACCCCCCUUUACGGAAGCUAACAUCAACGCGCUGAUUCAAAUGACUGACCUUCUAGACAAAUUGUCUGACCUUACUAGCAACCCAGAUGACAUUCAAAAUGUCUUUUCAAUUAAUCCAUUAAUCAAAAGUAAUUCUAAUAAUAUUGAUAUCAAUGAUGCAUUUUUUGAAAUACAAAAACUGUAUCAGCAACAUAUUAGGAGUUUUUGGGAACUAACUAGCCUGAACCAGUACAUAGAGCAAAAAUUGGUUCCAAGAGGACUCCGUCCGGAUAUAUUACUACCAGACAAAAUCCAAACAGACGAACAAUUAAAUGAGUGGAAUAAUAUCCUAUUAGAGUGUUCAGCCAAAUUGAUGACUUUUCUAGUUAAGCUUGAAACUAUACACCUAGAAGAAACAAAUACAAAAUUACAGAAUGAGAUCAUACAAAUAAAGAAGUUCAAGACUGAUAGUCUUUUUUCCCCUAUGGAAACUAAAUUACAGAAAAACAUUGAGCAUUUUAAAAACAACAUUAAAAUCAAAAAACACACAAAAUUCCAAAGGGACUUUAAAGACUUUAAAGAAGGUGAGAUUUUUCGUAAAAAACGGAAAUUCCGUAAAAAUUUUGGCUCUCAAAGAGGCUCUACAUCUGCAGACACUGAAUGGUCUGACUCAGAUACAGGCUCCUCAAAAUCAAGAUCAAGGCAAAAUAUUAACAAUACCCGCUACAACGAUCCUGCCCCGACCUAUUCACCAACUAGGAGCAUUCUAAAGAGCUCUGAUAAGUCGGUUGCCUUUUUGGAUGCCCCUAUUAGCUCUGAUACAAAUAACACUACUAUUUCUAAAACUUUUUUAGGACAGGACCCCCCUCGCGAACAAAGGGGGAGAUUAAGGGACAGGGAUCGCUGGGCAUACAAGAGACAAGGACGGGGUCAGAAAUUCUAACAUCCAACAAAAUUAUUAACCUUUCAAACUUUUCACUUCAACCAAGACAUAUCUCUCUUCUAAAUAAAGGUCUGUCAUAUGUACCAACCCCAGGUCAUAAUAAAUUCAGUUGGUCAAAAGACAUAAACCUUUUCGGUAGAAAACUAGCAUUAAAUUUAAUGCACUCUAAAAAAGAUCUGCUUACGGCCAAUGAGUUAGGCUUAUCCUUGGAGGAUUUUGAAUUCUCCAAAAUACUUACAGAUUUGUUAGAAGAACAGAGUAUUAAUAAACCACUAACAAAACUAAGACCUCAAAGUUGGUUCACCCCCAAUUUAAAAGAUACACCACAUGUGGACCUUUUUGUCGAAAUGACUACUAGUGACUUAGAAAAAAGUACGUUGGAAUACUCACCAGUUCACAACCUAACCUUCAACGAACGAAAAGCACUUAAGGAAUUGCAAACAUUGGAUGACGUAAUCAUAAAACCGGCAGACAAGGGUGGUAAUAUUGUGUUAUUGAAUAGAGACAUGUACAUCGAUAUGUGCAUGGUACAUCUCAAUGAUCGAUCCAAUUAUAGUAUCCUUCCUUCUGAUCCCACUGAGAUGUACAUUAAAGAACUUGAAAAUCUACUUAUGAAGGCAAUGGAACAAAAAAUAAUUAACUCAGACAAGUUUAGAUAUCUAUUACCACAUAAACAUCCUACAAUAGCCACUCUGUACUGUCUACCUAAAAUACACAAAAACAAGAAGGCACCCCCUGGGAGACCAAUCAUUUCUAGUAAUAAUUGCCUAACAGAAAGAGCCAGCAAAUUCGUUGACAAACUAUUACAUCCGUAUGUCAUCAAUUUACCAUCUUAUAUACAAGAUACCAAAUCUACUUUACUAAUUCUUGAAGGACUUCAGGUGCCACCAUACACCCUACUAGCAAGUCUGGAUGUGGUAUCCUUGUAUAGUAAUAACCCACAUAAAGCAGGUUUGGAAGCUUGCCGGUUCUUCCUUGAGUCAUCAACAUAUGAAGAAACACAAAUUGCAUUUAUCAUCUCUCUUCUGGAGUUUAUUUUGACUCACAAUUAUCUCAUCUUUAAUGGUAAAUAUUACCUACAGGAGACCGGAACUGCUAUGGGCACAACUUGUGCUCCCACAUAUGCAAAUCUGUUUUUGGGCUGGUGGGAAGAGAAAAUGUGGAAAGAUCCAGAAUACAGUCUGUACCACAGAUAUAUUUUGAAAUGGUACAGAUAUAUCGAUGACAUACUCCUAUUAUGGACUGGUCCAGUGCAAGCAUUUGAAAAUUUUGUGGAAACUUUGAAUAACAACCAAAUAAAUUUGGCAUUAACUCAUGUCAUUGAUGAGAAAGAAUUGGUCUUCCUAGAUUUGAAAAUUCUACUAAUGGAGGAUGGAACUGUUCAAACAGAACUUUUCAGGAAAUCUACAUCAACUAACAGCCUUCUCCAUUGGAAGAGCCAUCAUCCUCAUAGAUUAAAAGCUUCAAUUCCAUACGGCCAAUAUUUAAGAGCUAGGAGAAACUGCUCUCAAGACUCCGCUUAUUAUCAGGAAUGUCAGGCUCUCAAGAUGCGCUUUAAAGCCUUGGGGUACCCGAACAAAGUCUUAAAAAGAGCAUACCAACGUGCCAGUGAAACAGAUAGACUGGUAAGCUUAAAAUCCACGUGCACAAAACCAAAUGCAUCAACUCCCAGAUGCAUUGCCACCUUUUGAUAGUGGUUGGAGCAAUAUGACAAAAACCUUUUCAACACACUGGCCUACACUUCUACAUAAUCCUAUAUUGAAGAAGUCACUGCCAAACCAUUCCACAAUUAUGGCUCGGAGAUCAAAAAACCUCAAAGACCUUUUAAUUCACAGUUUUCUGACUCCCAUUUCACCAAAAUCAAACUGGCUUACUAGUACGAAAGGAACAUACAGUUGUGGCCACUGUAAGGCCUGUCAGUUCAUUACUCCUUCUCAAUUCACCACAUCUACACAAUCUCACAUUACCAUUAAAACCAAUGCUCUGGUAAAUUGUAAUAGCACUCGCGUGUGAUAUAUUUGAUUACGUGUAAAUGUGGCAUCCAGUACACUGGAAAGACCUACCAACCAUUUCGCCGCAGAAUUCUUCAACAUAUCAACUCUGUAAAAAACACCAUAAAUCCUACACCUGUGGCAAGGCAUAUUAUGAAUUUCCAUCAGGGAAAUACCGACAACCUUAGGUUUCAAGCAAUAGAGAAAUUAUUGCCCAAUCCCAGAAAGGGCAAUUUCAAUCAACAACUACUGCAAAAAGAAUCAAAAUGGAUAUAUUCAUUUAGAACUUUAACUCCACAAGGGCUUAACGAGGAGUUCAAUUAUACACCUUUUAUACACUGAUAGACUACACCUAUUUUGAUAGUUUUAUAUUCUUUUCAUUCUUUUGAGUCAGUAUUUCAUAAGGUUAAUCUAUUUCUCCUUAUGAUAACACCUUUCAUAAACCAUACCUAUUUGGAUAGGUUAAUUUCUCUUCAGUCAUUUGAGUCAGCAUUAUAUAAGGGAAAUUCUUUCCUUAUGCUAACACUACAUGGACAUCCUCUUAAUAAAUAAAUAAAAUAAUUCUAAUUAUCUAAGAUUUUAUUUUUAUUAUUAAAAGAAGAAUUUACAUUAUAUUAAUCAAGCGCUCCUUUAUCUACAUCUCUUUAUAUAGUUUGUCAUAAAUGUUUAUUAGAAGUUAAUACACUGAAUUUAUAUUCGUUUUGGCAUAUCACAAUAGAGACUCUCUGAUUACAUUAAAGAGUCUUUUUGUCCCCAGCUGACCACCAUACAUAGUCAGCUACCAUGGCAUGAUGUCAUUCUUCUAAUUACCAAUCAGUUAACAGAGCGCCCUAUUUAAACCCCAGCCGACAGCCUCUCAGUUCCCCUUGAAAAGCCGUCUUACCGGCGAAACGCGCGUCGGGUUUUUGGAGAUUCCUGUCAUCUCAGCCUUAGCUCUUUAUAACUUUUGGUGGGAUUUACUGAUAGCUUUAGAAUCGAUUCGAUCUCCAGAUUAUUAGGUUGAGUUUAUGCUGCUUCUUUUCGUCUAUGCGGGUGUUGAAGCUUAGCCGCUUCUUUCUAUCACGUGUAUUAAGGUGUUUAGGUUUAUAUUCAGUUUUGACCUGUGCAUUGCAACCAGCCAGCGCAGACUCUUAAUCUAUUUAGCAAUAGGUGCCCUUGAAGGCACAAUAUACAUCGGGCGUAAGAUUUAUAUAUAUAUAUAUUCUUUUCCAGCUCUUAUCGAUAUCUAUUAGGGCAUUUGUUAGCUGGCUGCUUGCAGUUAGACUGCCAGUAUAAUUUUCCGUUUAGAGGCAGGUGCCCUUGAAGGCACAGUGAGACUCUUUUGAUUUAAUAAUAUAACCACAUUUAAUUAUCGUAUUUUCUGUAUCCUCUAUUAUUGUAUCGGACAAAAAUAUACGGCAGUCAAGUAGUCAGACUGAUAAGGAUUUUUUUCACAGACCUCCCCCCAUUUUUUCCUUAUACCUUUUGAACAAACUUUAGCAUGUGGUAGCGAAUUAGUUGGAUUGACAAGGAUUCUUUAUAGAUUUUAUAUCUCCUGAAUAAAUACAUAUAGUAGACGGACUAAGGUUUAGACUUAGCCAAUCGAUCGUAGAUAGACUAUUAUUUAGGCUCAGCCAAUCAAUCAAGAUAUAUGUCCGUUUUCACUAGACAGACUGGUUUAGAUUCUACAAUGAUUGAGAUACACUAAUUGACAUAUUACAAAACUUUGUAACAUUAAUUUGUAUCCAGCUUGUAUUUUCUGUUAAAUGUCCAAUUAUGGCUACACAGUUACAUACAUUCCAUACUAAUCUGGAUUUAUUGUGUUAUCAAGUACAAUCACUUGUCUGUCCAUUUUUAUUUUAGUCAUUUUUUCCUACAGAGAAAAUCUUUCUGUGGGAAUUUGAGGUUUAUAUAAUCAAUAUUUAUCUAAGUUUUCUUUUUUCUUUUUUCACAUAUAUAUUUUUUUCACAUAUAUUUUUGUUGUAAUUUUUUACAGACUUUCUAUUAAAAGCUAUGUUUUAAUAUAUCAGUAACAUCUUUGUAGGGAGUGCCUCUCUCUUUUUCAUUGUAUUUAAUCUAUUUAGGGUUAACCCCUUUACUGCCUUAUUUAUCCACGCUUCCAUCUUUCGUUCUUUAAAUAGAAAUUCUCCUUGAUCAGUUUACCUGUGAUGAUGUGCAUUGUAUCAUCUGUUUAUUCUUCCUGAUCACAGAAUGAUUUAGAGAGUCACACCGGCUGGCCUGAGAUAUAUAGUUUAUCUGAACAUUUUUAUUUGCAAGAUUAAUAAAAUAAAAAUAUAUCGUAGUGGCUUCUAGUCACUUACCCAAGCAGUUCUUUUUAAUUAUGUUUUUCUUUCAAGUGAAGAGAUGUCACAAGUGACUUUAUUGCAUAUUCAAAAGCUUUUCACAUUCGGUUGAAUGACAAAUUAGUAAUCAUUCAGGCAUGUGGUAUUAUGCACACCAUUUAAAGAACAGUAGUGGCAGAGAGUUUGGGACUCUUGUCUGGUUUAAGAUAGCAUCACUUGCACGAUUUUAGAGUAAGGGUACUGGCUGUGUAAGAGAAGCAUCCAAAGUUUGAAGGACAUGUAUUCUCUGUCUACAUGUCAAGUUAAAAGUGAUAUGUAUCCUAAUCACAUUUUGUGAAUGUGACCCCGGGUGUUUUACUUAAUUAAAAGAGUUAAAAAAAAAUGGGAUCCACUAAACAAAGACCAACAUGAAUUCCAUGUGAAGAGGGAGCUUGUUUCUAAUCUCAAUGUUGAUUCUCUUAACAAUAUGCCAUUAUGGGUCGUUUAUGGCAGACUCUGAUUAUUGUUUUUUUUUUUAGAGACGAUGAUAGAGCGAAUGUUUGGGGAAUCAGGAAGAACGAGUGUGAGUGUAAAAAGAGGCCAACACAAGAUACCCAAAAUAUGAGCCAUGGAGACUGCCUGGUGAGGAGAUGUUCAUUCACUUUAAUAAUUAUCAAAUCUGUUGCUUGGGUUCCAAAGGGGACACACAUCACACCAAAUACAUUCUCUGGCACGGCAAUCCAUUUAGCUGCUUGGGCUCAGAAUUUGCUCAGCAGCUCAUUCUUCGACUGGAAAUCUAGCUGAGUGAUUUAAUUCAACUUACAAAAUAUAUGUAAAAUUAGAAUGCUACAUUAGAAUCUUUGCAGUAUCCAAGGGUUUUCAAUCGCAAGGAUGAAGGCAAAUAUCUGAUAUGUCCUAAACCCAGGACAUACUUGAAAGCGAGAGAAAUAUAUCCUGUGAGAAAUGUAUCCUUCCUGGUAAAAUAUUUUAUAAAUAAAUAAUAAUAUAGUGUGCCGCUUGCCCUCAGUGGGGACACACUAAAAAGGAGAUGCAGACACGUUUUUGGUAGUCCCCUGGCUUUCUUACUAUACUUUUAAUAGUCGUCUUAAAAUUCUAGAUCCUAUAAUAACAUGAGGGCGACCUUUAUGGUGACUGUUAAAUAAUAAUUAGACAACUAGAUGAAAUAGGGUCACUGAUCCACAUCUGAUAGUUUCUAUAUAUUCUAAAUGGCAUGUCCUGAGCUGAUUCCUCAUAUUAAAUCCUAAGCAUAUUUCCAUUCAGAGACAGAGAUUCCCUUGCUUUUAACAUCUAUAUUGUCAUGUGCCUAAAGGGCCAGAAUCUCGAUUCGACGCUGCUCACUGACCUGCGAAAUGCUCUCCAGAAUGAAAUAGAGACUCGAGAGACCCUUAAUACAGAGAUCAACUUCCUAAAAACAGCCAAUCAAAGUUUGGCGCGGUGAGCAACCUCCAUGACUGCCUUCUUCCUUUCCCAAAAUCUGCAUCUGAGUUAUGUACUUGUUUGUUCUCCUGUUCUUCUGUCUGCCUGUCUUGUCAUCUACACGGAUAAAGUUAGCAAACUUUAUAUUCCACUCAUCUACCUGUCUGUCCAACUCUUUGUCUGUCUGUCUCACCAUUCACAUUUCUUGAGGUGGCCAUGUAUAAUGUGAGUUAUGUAUGUCUGUCCCCCGACCACCGCAGGCGCCUGUAUGAAGCUGACCAGUUAAACGCUGAGCUUCAAAGCAAGAUUAGCAUGAUGGAGGGACAAAUGAGGGAGAGACCUAGCAUAGUGGAAGAAGAGAGAGGUGAGUGAGACCAUCCAAUGACUUGUCAUCACCAGCUCACUAGCACCGCGACACUGCUAUACCAGCGACGGGAGCACUUCUCCCACUGUCUGUCUCUCAUUGCUUCUCUCUGUCACCUUCUUUUCUCCAUAUCUCAAUCCUUCAUUAUAUUGCUCCAUCUCUUUCUCUCACUAACACUCUCUGCCUCUUGCUAACACUCUGUCUCUCUCAUAUCUCUCGUUCACCUUCUUUCAGACGUUCAUUUUUCACCUCGAAGACAUGAAAUCUGCAAUCAGAAAUAUGAACCUAUCUCUAGGACUAGACAAGUGAGAUAUGUCUAGUGAUGGGCCUGGGUGGUGGGGUGAAGACAGGUAAACUUGCCCGGUACCAGAGAGAUUCUGGGAUAAGGGGUGGUGACUCAUAGUGCAGCCAGUGGGUGUUAGAGCUUCUAGAUUUUUGAAGUGUGAUUGAGGCUGACAGUGGUUUUGAAGAUCCAGAUGGAGGGACUAGAAGGGAGGGAUAUGGUUGCACAUCGGGAGAGAGUUGAUGGGGUCACCUAAGACAUAUUUUUGGAAUUGCAGAAGGGAGAAUGAGUUUGACACCUUUAGGGCUGACUCCAAACCUUUUUCUGUCUCCUCUCUCAGCUAGAUAGCUGUAUACCUUCCUAUUGUCACCCUUUAGUGACACCAGUACACCGUCACAUGCUGCUGUUCUCACGGGUAUGUCACCUGCAUGUCACCAACUGUGUCACUAUGUGUUGGGAGGGAUAGUCUCCCAGGGACCCUGUGUGUUUGUAAGGCACCCAUAAUCAACCAGGAAAGUUUUCCCUCGACCCCUAAACGCUAUUCAGAUGCUAUGCUUUAGAGCAGGACUGUCCAACCUGCGGCCCCCCAGAUGUUGCUGAACUACAACUCCCAUUAUUCCCUGGCUAUCUUUUUAAUUGAAAGAAUCAUGGGAGUUGUAGUUCAGCAACAUCUGGGGGGCCGCAGGUUGGACAGCCCUGCUUUAGAGAUAAACUCCCAGGAUCCAUAUGUACCUUCUUGAUUUGGCACAACCUACCUCUUCCCUUCUGGGUUUAUUCUACUUGGCAUAGAAAUUAAGAACAAGGACCUAAUGUUUUGCUAGUUAGGUAGCAAUGUUUGGGAAAUAAAAUUAGUUGGUCCAUGACAAAUUGUGAGAUUUCUGAAUGACACCUCUGGAUCCCUGAAUGUUGAUAAGACAUCCUUUGGGAAAUAAGUAUAGAUCCCCCAACUCAUUUCUCUAUUAGACAGCCCAGUCAAUGGAGGGAUGGGUUCCCUGGGUCCCCUGUAUGUUUUUAUAGUAACCCUACAGAUUCCCAAGUCCAUACUGUCUGUUUGUCGUGUUGGUCACGUUUGUCGUGUUAGGAGAGUUUCCUCCAUAUGUAAACAUGUUUUCUUCUCUCCUACAGAUUCCUAAGCCCCACACAUCCUGGGUGGGCUAUCUCCUGCUCUGUUCCAUCAACUGGUCUCACUGUGUGCCUCGACCUCUAUGUUCGUUGUAG